AACAUCUCAUUUUUUGCUUCAUUUCACAGAAAAUUCUCAAGUAGGUCGUGGUAUGAUCAAAGGAGGAACCUUCCCUUCGCGGCAGAGUGUCAAGCCUUCCAGAAUAGAUACAGAAGAUGGUCGUAAAACAUUUCCAAGUAGAGGCAAGAGGCCACCGUUGGCAUCGAUGCACGACGACCAGCACUCGAUAUCAGACUCCCUGUCAUCACUAGGGAGAAGCAGUAGUAGCGGGAUCAGUCCAGACUAUGAUACAGAUAGUAGCAUUCCAAGACGCUGGACUGAAGGUGACCUUGAGGGUCUGGCUGGAGGUCAUCCCAAAUCAUUCAAUCUAGCUGAUAAUACAAGAUCGCCCAGGGCCCCGACUAAUUGGCAGAGAGGAAAGCUGUUAGGACAAGGAGCGUUUGGGGUUGUAUAUGUUUGCUAUGAUGCUGAUACAGGCAGGGAGUUAGCAGUCAAACAGGUUCCUACUGAGAAUAGCAAUACUGAUGCUAGAAAAGAGGUGCAAUCGCUGAAGCAAGAGAUUGAGUUAUUGCGGAACCUACAGCACCCUAGGAUAGUGCAAUACUUUGGAUGUCUUGAAGAGAAUGGAACACUGUCCAUCUUCAUGGAGUUCAUGUCAGGGGGAUCGGUAAAAGAUGAACUUCGACUCUACGGUCCAUUGACAGACACGGUGACACGGAAGUAUACAAGACAGAUCUUAGAAGGGACAGCUUAUCUUCAUGAUCAUCAUAUAGUACACAGAGAUAUCAAAGGUGCCAAUGUAUUGAGAUCGAGUGGUAACGUGAAGCUAGCAGACUUUGGUGCCUCUACCAGGUUACAGACGAUACAUAGUCAUAUCACAGGCAUGAAGACAGUGACUGGUACCCCAUACUGGAUGAGCCCUGAGAUCAUCAACGGAGAGGGGUAUGGAAGGAGAGCCGAUGUGUGGAGUAUCGGUUGUACUGUAGUUGAAAUGUUGACCACCAAACCCCCCUGGGCGGACUACGAAGCUAUGGCAGCCAUCUUUAAGAUUGCUACGAAGGAGACCGAGCCUGUACUUCCACAAAGUGUGUCUCAAGACGCAAGAAACUUUCUCACCCUCUGCUUCAAAAAAAUCCUGGCCGACCGGCCCUCGGCCGCUGAACUCUUACGGCACAAUUUUGUAAGGACUGCCCCCAUGGAUUGACAUAGAGGGCGCUGUAUAGAAACUGAAACGGUGAAGAAACACAUAGCGUGGACUAUUAGAGUGUUUAACGGUGUGUACUGUGUAUGGGGAAGCUGCAGCUAGAGAAGGAAGGUGAUGAGAAUGGCUCAGGAUAGCAAACCUACGCCAAGCCAAGCAUGAAUAGCCUGGCUUUCAGAUAUCCAUCGGUUGGUCGGAGCAGCUUUAUGAUAUCUAUCGGAGCAGCUUUAUGGUACUAAUCAAUCGCAAACAAGGAGGAAAACAAUGGCUGUCAUAGGACAAGGUGUCUGCCGGCAUACAGUCAAGCUUCAACCAUCAUUGUAAUCACUGAUUAUCAACUCAACUAGUCGAUUGAUGUCAUCCCUAGAUUGUUAUCGUUCUUAUUCUCCUUACCUUCAAUAUUUGAUAGUCAUCCUUUUAUCAUGUUAUGUAAACAGCAUUUCAUCUGAUGCAAGCUCUGAUGAGGAAUAGUGAAACCUGUCAUUAUUACAUCUUCUUUCAUUUGUGGAUAAAAUAACAUCUCCUUUUUUUCUUCUUUUGGGCUCAGUUUUGUUACUAACAUAUCUUAUGCUAUGGGGGGAAUAUGAAUAGAAUACUUGUAUACCUGUACUGAUAGUUAUUCACCCUGUGCUAUCUUAGCUUAUCGAAAAACUUCUAUAAAAGGCUUUGUUCGCUUAUUAAGUGGUAAACUGCUUCAAAAUAGCAAAACUGCUAUGAUUUUAUAGAUAAAUAAAUGAAAAGUCAAGUGGGGGCAAAAGAAAGAAAAAAGGUAACAAAUCCAGGGGAAAAAUAAAGACAUGCAUAAUCACUAAACUGUGUGGAUUGAGAUUUGUAAUUUUCACCAUUCUUACUGGUAUUUCAUGUGAUGUUACUGUGACUUUAAAAAAAAAUGUAGUAUGCAUGUAUACUACAUCAUGUGUUUCAUUAAGUAGGAGGCAAAGUUUCAUCUAAAUACUAUUUAAAACUCUGAACUAAAUUAUCAUGACAGGGUUGAUGUGAACUCUUCAUUUACACAGUUUGAAAUAUUGUGAUGCAGUCUUAAGGUACAUUCUAAUGCUCACAUUAAUGACUUCCAUACAUCAUUACAUUCAUGUGAUGUUUAUGUAGGAAAGAUUUCUUCGCACAACAUUUACCACAUAUUUUGAUCGAUUAGAAAAAUGGGAGAAUAUUCAUAAGACGUGUUGCCAGUGGUAUAUACAUGUUAUGAAGUUGAGGUGUGUCUCAUAAGUCAUUGCUCAGAAAACCAUUAAAUUGCUUUCUAUAU